AUGUCGGAUGACCUCGAGCUGCGCCACGUCCUCGUCGCCUUCCGCCACGGUGACCGUUCGCCCAUCCUGCCCAAGCUAGGCACGGCCAUCAACAUGGACGACGCGGAGCGUGACUUUUGGGGUGCCCGCCUCGCGACACCCGACCAGAUCCAAGUCCUUGAUGCGACGGCCGCGCGCGCAGGCCUCCAGAAGGGCGAGCCCGCACCGACGCUGGCGCCGCUCAUUGGAGGUGCGUGGCCCAACGGGUACCUCACGGCGCGGGGCGUCAACCAAAUGAUGGCCAAGGGCCGCGGUCUCCGCGAGCGCUACCGCGAUUUCCUCCACACGCCGACCGUCGACGACGUGUACGUGCGGUCGACGAACGUCGUGCGCACGAUCCAGUCGGGCCAGAGCGUCCUCCACGGCAUGUUUCCCGAGCUCUACGACUCUUCCAAGGCGCCUGCGUUUGAGAUCCACUUGCACCCGACGUGCCCCUUGUCGCUCGGCCAUCACAUGGACUACCACCAUCUCUCGACCACGCUCAAGGCGCGCCGGCACGAGUCGCCCAUCCAAGACAUUGAUGCGCUUGAGAAGAAGGUGCAUGCGCUCGUGGGCCUCGCCGACGGCGAAGACGUGCAGUGGUCCUUCUUGCGCGAGAUCCUCGUGUGCCGAGAGGCCCAUGGAUUCCCGUUCCCGCCCGGCAUGUCGCUUGACGUGGUGCAGCAGUCGAUUCUGCACAACGCGUGGGAGUGGCACGCACACCUCUCGGACCAUACGUUCCUUUCAAAAGCAUUCGGCCGCGGUGUCCACGAAGCGUACGGCUACCUCGCCAACGCCAUCGAGGGCACGAGUCGCCACAAGCUGACGCUGCUGUCUGCGCACGACGACACGCUCUGCGGCCUUCUGCACGCGUUCGAGCUGCACCGUCCGAACGUGCCGUUCCUUGUGCCCGAGUACGGCUCGAUCUUGACGUUCGAGCUCUACUGCGCCAAGUCGACGGGCGACUGGUUCGUCAAGGCCAACUUUGACGGCGACGACGUCUUCUUUGCCGGCGUCCACAAUGUGCUGUGCCCCGUUCGCCACCUGCAGGCUGUCGUCGCCACGUUCCCGUCGCAGUAA